GUGACUUUAGCCGUCGCGACGAACGCAUGUCUCUCCGCGCGCGUUGUGUUUUGGAAUAUAUCGAUGUCGAUGUGAUGUGAAAAGUGUUCGUGGAUUGUGCAGGAAGGUGGGACUAAUUUCAAUUGUAUCAUCAUGGUGUAACCUAGUACAGUUGGAAGCAAUAAAGUGUUUAGCUCUUGCACUAGUCUGUGAAUUGUGUGUGAUGUUGAAGUGAGUGAUUGACUCCGGGACUAUAUCUGUGAAUAUUGUGUGAUGGUGAGUUUGUGAUUCAAGAUGGCGGUGAAGAUAUUGAUUCUCAUACUUGUUGCGGCGGCCUGGCAAGCGACGACAGCUGAAAGAGAUCACGCAUCUGCACUAGUUGGUCAGACGGCUCGCCUACGCUGUCGGAUAGAUGGCAGAACGUGCGGUCAGAUGCACAGCAUCAAGUGGUACAAGUCUGACGUCAGAGUGUACGUGUACUCUGCCUCGAGUGGCGCCGGCAUCAACAGACCUGAGGGUGAUAUGAUGGACAGAAUGUCAAUAUCUCACCAACCGAACGCCACGUUUGCUGAACUAGUGAUCACGAACGUGCAGCCGCAGGACGAAGGUGUCUUCCGAUGUGAAAUAACAUAUCUUCAGGUCGGAGAGGACUGCAACACCGUGCAAGUCACAGAUUUCCACACAUACAUAAAACCAAAGUCGGUGGAAGUUAGAAGUGGAGAUGGAAAGGUGUUUGCCGAUGGAGAUACGUACGGUCCACUGCUGGAGCGAUCCAGGGUAAACGUGACGUGUCUGGUGUCGGAAGGAAAACCACAACCAAAAGUGAUCUGGUACUUCAAUGGAAAGGAGAGACUAGAUGGUGAGUAG